AUGCCCCUCUACGCCCGCAAUGUCUCUGCCGCAACCCGCCUUCGUUCGGCGAUCCUUCGCCUAGAUACCUGCGAGGAUAUCCCUGUUAAGGGCAAGGGGACCUGCGAUGAACUCCCGUCUGCAUUCGAAGCCAAGCCGGCUCUUCGUGCUCUGCUCGACGAGCAUUCGGAUAACCCCGUUCCUAACGUUCCAGUCGCUUUUGCUGGCGUUACUCCUGUCAGUCGUCCCAGCCAGUCUACUCCUGCCCGUCGCCGAGGCGCCGCCGAGCCUCCCCGCACCCCUAAGUAA